UCCAGAACAAAGCCGAUGUUUUUGGAGGAAGCUCAGUUGGCGCACCACAGUUCCCUAAACGGUCUAAUCCGAGCUUACCUGGUAAAGAGGUUCAGGAUGUGGGUGGUCGUGAGCAGGGCUUUUUUGGGAAACAGCCCAGAAUCGAAAACGUUUCCCCCAAAGGAACCCCAGCUUUUGACAGUGUCAAAGCGGCUGCCCGUCCAGGUGCACCUAACGACGAGAGUUUUAUGGACUUUAUGAAGGAGUGCUUGAAAUCCAAGGGGAGCGAGUCCCCCGAAGACCCCGUGGAAACGUUCUCUGAAGCAGAGCUAAGAGCAGCGAGAUCCGAAGUGUUGGCUCCUCCCUUUCAGCCGCCGCCCAAGGGGACUCAAGAUUUUGAGCAGGAACACCUCACCAUCAGGGCCCUCAAAGAAGCAGGGAGGAAGGCAGAGGUGGAGAAGCCAAGCAAGUUCUCCCUUUCAGGGGCAAGGCAGCCAGGGCAGUGUGGCGAGAGGUUGCCGGAGCCCCCUGCACCCCCUCAGAAGUCCGCCUUGGAGAAGAGGCCCCUCUGCCUCGAGCAGGCCGUGGAUGUGAAAUUGUCUCCCGCCUCCGCUAGCUUUGGCAUGCAUGAUGUUCCCCGGGCAUCUUCUCGGGCCCCUCCUCCUGAGCUUCCCAUACCUCAUGCUAUAGCAAAAUCGCUGGCUGAAGUUUCAGUGCGCGAUCUGAUCUUCUGGCGGGACGUGAAGAAGACGGGCGUCGUCUUCAGCACCACCCUGAUCUUGCUGCUCUCCUUGGCCGCCUUCAGCGUCAUCAGCGUCAUCUCAUACCUCAUCCUGGCGCUCCUCUCCGUCACCAUCAGCUUCCGGGUCUACAAGUCGGUCAUCCAGGCCGUACAGAAAUCCGAAGAUGGACACCCAUUCAAAGCUUACUUAGAUCUGGAGAUCACCCUCUCCUCAGAGACUUUUCACAACUACAUGAGCUCUGCCAUGGUGCACGUCAACCACGCCCUGAAACUCAUCACCCGCCUCUUCCUGGUGGAAGACUUGGUAGAUUCGCUGAAGCUGGCAGUCGUCAUGUGGCUGAUGACAUACGUGGGGGCCAUCUUUAACGGGAUCACCCUCCUCAUCCUUGCGGAGCUGCUGGUUUUCAGCAUGCCAGUUGUUUAUGAGAAAUACAAGACCCAGAUCGACCACUACGUUGGGAUCGCCCGGGAUCAAAUCAAGUCGGUGGUUACAAAGGUCCAAGCGAAGGUUCCUGGAGUCAUGAAGAAGAAAGCCGAAUAGCCUUGCAGGGAGCCAAGGGCCAGCCAUCACCUCAAAACAAAAUGAGAAAAACAACCCCCCCUUCGUGUCAUAGCUAUAACCAUUGUUACUUGUACCUAUGAAGGAACAUGCCGAGUCAGCUUGAUGUCUGCAUUCCAAGCUUACCGAUUUUAUUUUUUAUUAUUGCCCCCCCCCCAAAAUCCCCUUUUAAGCCUAAACACUGGGCUCACAAUACACUGGACUAUCCACAAACUGGUGUCAGGCGUUGGAAGCUGCGGGGGGAGGGACCAGCACUCCAGGCGAUCCUGUCUCAGAGGGAACAAUGCGUGUAAAAUAAGCCGCCGGAAGCGGGCGCUGUUAUCCGGCUAGCGAUGCACGGCUCUGCUAGGUGAGAACGGCUGUGAACAUUUCUCUCACCACAGCCUGUCAGGCUGAAAUAGCUGUACGAUGAUGGUAGCUCCCUUAUUUCUCUCUCCCAUCUUUCACCCGAUGCCCACCUGUCCCCGUGAGUGAAAUCCCAGGGGUCAGCAUCGGUGAGCCUCUCGCUAAAGCGGAAGGUGCCUCUGCUACUGUCUGUCUGUCUGUCUCUGGGUUCUACUGUCUUUCUGGCAUGGAUUAAUCUAUAAUGCAAAACCAAGCUUAAGGGAGCUUCCCCCCCCCCCCAAACCCC